AUGGCGACCACAUCGCACAUGUUUAUGUACUCCCUGACGAUUCAGCCUCCCACUGCGAUCUCACAGGCAAUCUUGGGCCAGUUUGCAGGCACCAAGGAGCAGCAAAUCGUCACUGCUUCGGGAUCCAAGCUCACCAUUCACCGACCUGACCCGACCCAGGGCAAGGUCACACCCCUUUUUUCCCAAGAUGUAUUUGGUAUCAUUCGCUCACUAGCAGCCUUUCGCCUGGCUGGGAGCAAUAAAGACUACAUCAUCAUCGGAUCUGACUCAGGUCGUAUCACGAUUAUUGAAUAUGUGCCUUCUCAAAAUCGCUUUAAUCGGAUCCACUUGGAAACAUUUGGCAAGUCCGGAGUGCGUCGAGUUGUCCCUGGACAGUACCUAGCCGUUGAUCCGAAGGGACGAGCCUGUCUCAUCGCCUCGCUGGAGAAGAACAAGCUGGUCUACGUUCUCAACCGCAAUUCCCAGGCAGAGCUUACCAUCUCUUCGCCCCUUGAGGCUCACAAACCCCAAACGCUGGUAUUUGCGAUGACGGCUCUUGACGUGGGUUACGAAAACCCGGUUUUCGCUGCUCUGGAAGUGGACUACUCUGAAGCCGAUCAGGAUCCAACCGGACAAGCGUACGAGGAUAUUGAAAAAGUUCUCGUUUUCUACGAACUGGAUCUUGGUCUGAAUCAUGUUGUCCGUAAGUGGUCCGAUCCUGUCGAUCGCACCGCAAACAUGCUUUUCCAGGUUCCUGGUGGAGCCGAUGGACCGAGUGGUGUCCUCGUAUGCGCUGAGGACAACAUCACAUAUCGUCACUCGAAUCAGGACGCUUUCCGUGUCCCGAUUCCUCGACGUACUGGGGCGACUGAAAAUCCGGAGCGUAAACGCACAAUUGUGUCCGGUGUGAUGCACAAAAUGAGAGGUGCUUUUUUCUUCCUUCUUCAAACCGAGGAUGGUGACCUGUUCAAGCUCACAUUGGACAUGGUUGAGGAUGAGAACGGCCAGCUCACAGGCGAAGUGAGAAGAUUGAAGAUCAAAUACUUCGACACUGUGCCAGUGGCCUCUAGUCUUCUAAUCCUCAAGAGUGGAUUCCUCUAUGUUGCCAGCGAAUCAGGAAACCACAACUUUUACCAGUUCGAGAAACUUGGCGAUGAUGAUGAGGAAACCGAGUUCACGAGCGACAAUUUCUCGGCUGAUCCAUCUGUUCCCUACGACCCCGUCUUCUUCCGGCCGCGAUCAGCAGAGAAUCUGAACUUGAUGGAAAGCCUCAAUGCCCUGAACCCAAUGACAGACAGCAAGAUUGCCAACCUCACGGGUGAAGAUGCGCCGCAAAUCUACACCGUGGGUGGCACUGGGGCUCGUAGUUCGUUUAGAACACUGAAGCACGGUUUGGAAGUCUCAGAAAUUGUUGAGUCGGAGCUCAGGACUGUGCCGUCUGCUGUGUGGACAACCAAGCUUGCUCGUGGUGAUGAAUACGAUGCUUAUAUUGUUCUUUCUUUUGCGAACGGCACGCUUGUUCUUAGCAUCGGCGAGGUGGUGGAGGAAGUUUCUGACACUGGCUUCUUGUCCACUGCACCUACUCUUGCUGUGCAACAACUUGGUGAGGAUUCGUUGAUUCAGGUGCAUCCUCGUGGGAUCCGUCACUUGAUGGCUGAUCGUCGUGUCAAUGAAUGGCCUGCCCCGCAGCACCGUUCCAUCGUCGCUGCUGCUACCAACCAACGCCAGGUCGCUGUGGCGCUCAGCUCAGGAGAGAUUGUCUACUUCGAGAUGGACGCAGACGGCUCGCUUGCAGAGUAUGAUGAGCGUCGUCAAAUGUCCGGCACCGUGACCUGUCUGAGCUUGGGCGAGGUUCCUGAAGGACGCACUCGCAGUUCCUUCUUGGCGGUGGGCUGUGACGAUUCCACAGUUCGCAUUCUUAGUCUGGAUCCUGACUCCACACUUGAGAACAAGUCUGUUCAAGCCUUGACAUCAGCCCCUUCAGCAUUGAACAUCAUCGCCAUGGCUGAUUCAAGCUCUGGUGGCACCACACUCUAUUUGCACAUUGGCCUCUAUUCCGGAGUCUACCUUCGCACUGUCUUGGAUGAAGUUACCGGUGAACUGUCGGAUACACGCACGCGGUUCCUCGGCGCGAAGCCUGUCAAAUUAUCCCAGGUCUCUGUGAAAGGGCAGACUGCCGUGCUUGCCUUGAGUUCGCGCCCGUGGCUCGGUUAUUCCGAUGUUCAGACCAAGAGUUUCAUGCUCACGCCGCUCGACUACCCUGGUCUCGAAUGGGGUUGGAACUUUUCAAGUGAGCAGUGUGAGGAAGGUAUGAUUGGCAUCCAGGGGAAAAAUCUACGAAUUUUCUCCAUUGACAAACUCGACAAUAACAUGCUUCAGGAGUCAAUUCCAUUGGCCCACACUCCUCGUCGAUUCGUCAAACAUCCCGAGCAGCCACUCUUCUACGUCAUUGAGUCUGACAACAAUGUCCUCUCUUCGGCGACACAACAGAGUCUCAUCGAGGAUUCGAAAUCUCGUAACGGUGAGGCCGAGGUGCUACCGCCGGCAGAUUUUGGCUACCCUCGCGGCCAGGGACACUGGGCGUCUUGUAUUCAAAUCGUCGAUCCCGUGUCGUCCAAGCAAGUGAUAUUUUCGCUGGACUUGGAAGACAAUGAGGCUGCCGUGAGCAUUGCGGCAGUGCCAUUCGCUAGCCAGGAUGACGAGACAUUCCUGGUUGUCGGAACAGCCAAGGAUAUGACAACAGACCCACCUUCGUCCGCCGGUGGCUUCAUUCACAUCUAUCGCUUCCAAGAGGAAGGUCGUGAACUCGAAUUCAUUCACAAAACCAAAGUCGAUGAUCCUCCUUUGGCUCUUCUUGCAUUCCAAGGUCGAGUGCUUGCCGGUGUGGGCUCGCUUCUUCGACUCUAUGAUUUGGGUAUGAAGCAGCUGCUCCGCAAGUGUCAGGCUCACGUUGUCCCUCACACUAUUGUCGGACUUCAGACUCAAGGGAGUCGAAUCAUCGUCAGUGAUGUUCGCGAUAGCGUGACUUACGUCGUCUACAAGUACCAAGAGAACGUUAUGAUCCCAUUCGUGGAUGAUACUGUUGCUCGGUGGACAACAUCCACGGCCAUGGUGGAUUAUGAAACUACGGCGGGUGGCGAUAAGUUUGGCAACAUUUGGUUGCUUCGCUGCCCCACAAAAUUCUCAGAGGAAGCUGACGAGGAUGGCUCUGGAGCCCAUCUCCUUCAUGAGAGAGGCUACCUUCAAGGCACGCCGAACCGGCUCGAUCUCAUGGUUCAUUACUAUGUGCAAGACAUUCCCACUGGAAUCCACAAAACGCAACUGGUUGCUGGUGGUCGAGACAUUCUGGUGUGGACUGGCUUUCAAGGAACCAUUGGCAUGUUUGUGCCCUUUGUCAGUCGCGAGGAUGUCGACUUCUUCCAAAGUCUUGAGAUGCAGCUCGCCUCCCAAACCCCUCCUCUCGCUGGCCGGGAUCAUCUCAUCUAUAGAGGUUACUAUGCGCCCUCGAAAGGUGUCAUCGAUGGUGACUUAUGUGAGAUGUACUUCCUUUUGCCCAAUGACACGAAGAUGAUGAUUGCGGCGGAACUUGAUCGCUCCGUCCGUGAAAUCGAACGCAAGAUCUCGGACAUGCGAACGAGGGUCGCUUAUUGA